GACUGCCACCGCCGCCGCUGCCGCCGCAGGUCACGGCCCGCGAGCCGCCGCCGCCCGGAGCAGUUGCACAGGCAUGGACGGGAAGAAAUGCAGCGUGUGGAUGUUUCUACCUCUCGUGUUUACUUUGUUUACUUCAGCUGGCUUGUGGAUAGUGUACUUUAUAGCCGUGGAAGAUGACAAAAUUUUGCCAUUAAAUUCAGCUGCAAGGAAAUCGGGUGCGAAGCAUGCUCCAUACAUCAGUUUUGCAGGUGACGACCCUCCUGCGAGCUGUGUGUUCAGUCAAGUAAUGAACAUGGCCGCCUUCCUAGCCCUCGUGGUAGCUGUUCUGCGCUUCAUCCAGCUAAAACCAAAGGUUUUAAACCCAUGGCUGAAUAUCAGCGGUCUGGCGGCGCUGUGUCUGGCUUCCUUUGGAAUGACCUUACUUGGUAAUUUCCAGCUCACAAACGAUGAAGAAAUCCACAACGUGGGGACAUCCCUGACCUUCGGGUUUGGCACUCUGACCUGCUGGAUCCAGGCCGCACUGACACUCAAAGUCAAUAUCAAGAACGAGGGGCGGAGAGCUGGGAUCCCGAGAGUCAUCUUGUCAGCUGUCAUUACCCUCUGCGUAGUCCUGUGAGAUCAUCUGUGAACACAUCUAGAAGCAUGCCCAGCGCGGCACACAGCUCAAUACAGUCUAAUACCACAUGCAAUUAUCAGCUUCAGCGAGCCCUGCUGCUGUUAGCUUGCCCAGUGAUGGGAAGACUAAUGUGGUUAUGCCCGAUUACCUUCCUUAACUCCUGUGCCCUAGAUUUCAUCCUGAUGGCCCAAGAUAUCCACAUGUACGCAGCCAGGGUCCAGUGGGGCCUGGUCAUGUGCUUCCUGGCGUACUUUGGCACCCUGGCUGUGGAGUUCCGGCACUACCGCUAUGAGAUUGUGUGCUCCGAGUACCAAGAGAACUUCCUGAGCUUCUCAGAAAGCCUGUCAGAAGCUUCUGAAUAUCAGACGGAUCAGGUGUAGCAACAGUUUGUCCUUGGGGGUGCGGUGGGUGUGGCAACAGGGGAGGGGCCAGGAGGAUACACUCACGGGACUCGACACAUCACCUCACGAUGCUUUUCACACACACACACACACACGGAUGCACACUCACGGCCAUAUCUGACAGAAGAGCUUUUCAGGGCAGGUUACUUCUUUCUUGAACAAGCACAAGCCCUCAUGUAUGGAAAUACACGCUGUCACACCGAAAACAUGCACGACAGAGCCAGAAGCUUGUGCAUGACCACCUCCCCGCCCCCCACGCCCUCCCAGCAGGCCUUGCGCUUCUCAUCCUUUUCCCGGUUCCAACCUGGCAUCUUCCUCCUGCAAAGUAAGGCCGGCCGAAUGUAAAGUGAGAGUCAAGCCAGCUCCCUAAGUCGCCUUCAGGUUGGAAGGGUUUGAGGCGAGCACGAGGGGAACUUGAGUGGAAACCUAGGAGCAUCUGGCUGCAUGCACCCCGCACUAAAGCUGGCCGUGGCCUGAGAGGCGUGGGCAGAGCUUUCCCAUCAGUCUGACAUCAUCACUGUUCAGCGGUCGGCUUUGUGGAUCCAGAGAGAGAAGCAUGCUACAGAGAGUGAGCGGGAAAGAAGCCGGCCACCAGCAUUUGGACUUGAGUCACUCUGCCUGAGGAAGAUCUCCAAACGUGAAUGCUACCGGGGACAGUCAGCCGCGAAUGGCACGAGGUACGGCUGAGAGGGCGUGGCUUGGUUUUUCCUUCCACAGUGCAUCACCCACAGUUCCAGUUUGCAUUUUCUUUUUGAAGUGCCACUCUCACGGGUCUAUGUAGGCCUCGUGGGCAAAGGUGUGGACCAAAGGCAAGAACCUUGUUUUGGCUUCAAGUAUGAAAGGGGUAUACGUGCAAGCUUAAUUUAUAUCUGAAGAAAUAAUAAGAAAAAAAGAUUCUCGAAGAAUCGCAAAAGAAAUCUACAUGGAGGUGAAAGGUAUGAGGGCUCUGAGGAAAGACAGGAGGUUAGCCCUCUUGCUGCUAGUCCAACCCAGGGGAGAUUUUAACAUCCGUGUGUUGCUCAAAUUUUAUAGUUUGAGGACUGGGGACUUUAAAUUAAAUUUGGAAGUUAUAGAAGCAAAUUAAAAACAUCGCCCUCCCGCAAAUCACAUUGGCACAAAUGGAGCUGCAAUACUGCUAAGCUGUUCGGAGAUGAGCCCAGAGGUGCAGGAGUUCAAGGCCAUCCUAGAUCCCUGUGCCAACAACAGAGUGCCAAGUGCACAAGCACCCCCUCCCCCAACCAAGUGCACAAGCACCCCCUCCCCAACCAAGUCACAAGCACCCCCUCCCCAACCAAGUCACAAGCACCCCCUCCCACAUUGUUUCAAAAAACUCUCCAAACUCCUAGGGGGCUCAGACAGCCCGGAAUGUAAUGUGGAAAACGUUGUUUUGUAAAUUCACCCUGAAGUAUAGCUUCCCAAGGAAGGGUUCAAAUGCUAAAUCUCCGCCCCCCAGCAUAGCGCCGAGCACGAGCACACAGUAAAUGUCCAAAUGAACAGAUUUGCUGCUCGUUUCUGAGUGGAGGUGAGGAGCAUCAAAGAGAUUCAGAGACAAACGACAGAGUGGAAGACAGAGUGAAGAAGGAGGGGGAGGACUCAUCACUACAGGGCAGGGCAGGGCAGGGAGUGAAAAGCCCCCAGUGGUGUGAGAAAGCCUCGAGUAGAGUAUUCUCUUAUUAAAAAAGGCGUCUUACCGUAAAUACUCCAGGGGGAUGUCUGUUAGUUUUGAAACUGCUAUGAGGUUUCUCUUCUUUCCUCCUUUUCACUUUUCUAUUUUAAAGAUUUUUAUCAAAGAACAAACGGUUUUAUUUUACUCUCCACACUCCAAGUAAAGAGCUUUCGGUGACACACUUCUCUGCGUUCUUAAGAGUGUGCAGCAGCAGCAGCGGCAGCAGCAGCAUCCAGCCAAUACUGACAUUACUCACUGGGACCUGGCCACUGAAUAAAGGGGUUUUAUGCUAAA